AUGGGAAUGAUGCUACCCUACAUUGCAUCCAAUUUUUAUCCAACUUGGAUUACCAUGAUACCUGCAGCGAUACUGAGGGGUAUCGGUAGUUGUUUGCUUUGGGCAGCUAUGUGCACUUAUUUCAAUGAAUCCUCGGUUCGGUUUUGCAAAAUUGCAGAAAAUGGGGGAAAUUCCAAAUGUGCAUCUCAAGUAGAGCCUGUAAAUGAAAAUUCUCAGAUGAAGUCGAGUUUUAAAUUAGAUGGAAAAAAUGUGGAGAAAUUGUCAGCAUCUGAUCUACUCAAUAAAGCAAGUAACAGUCCUGUAGCAAGCCGAAAUUGUACCAGACACCUUGUAGAUACCACACCUGUUAGGCUUACUGCUUGCAAAUCUAAGAAAGAUAGUUUACCAGAAAUUAGAACACUUUCGAAAGUGAAGGAUAUAGAAAUAACAGAAGACACCAAAGAUCGCAAACUAAAAAACUUUAAGGACACAGUAAUUCUCAAGACAAUAAGUAAUGUUUUAGAUGAGAAAAAAGAAGAAAUAUCAUUUGAUUCUCCUCUCGAAAACGCAAAAGCAAAUGUUGAAACAUCAUAUCAAUCUUAUCUCGAUUCAACUAAGUCUCUCUUUUUCGGCAUCCAAGGUUUGGCAUACUAUUCUGCAAAUGUUUGGGGUAGCUUAUUCGGCUAUUAUGUUCUCAAGACAGAUGACAAAGACUACAUUAAAAGUUCAAAUUAUUCGUGUGGAGCAGAUUUUUGUAGCGCUACUAAAGAUGGAUUCAGUAAUGGCAUAGAGGAAGUACCAAAUGAAACUAGAUAUUUAUUAACUGGCGUAAGUAUGACAUGUGUAUUUAUAGCUCCGUUAAUAAUUUGGUUAUUUUUGGAUCGGAUAGACACUGUGAAAAACAAUGUAAAACUCUCAUGGGACCAUGUCUUUGCAACCAUUAAAUACAUUAAAAAGAAAGACCAGAUUCUUCUAAUACCUUUUACGAUUGGCGCUUGUCUUUGCAGAGGAUUUCACAUAACUGAUUUUACAAAGUCUUAUAUUGCGUGUGCCUGGAGUAUAUCCCACAUCGGUCUGUUCACUCUCAUCUACGGAAUCUCAUCUGCUCUGUCAGCCAUCUUUUCUGGUGCCAUAAUCAAGUGCGUUGGAAGGAGAUCAGUUCUGAUACCAAUCCAUAUAAUCGUCAUCGCCAACUUCGUCUUUCUCUUUUUCUGGAGCCCAAGCGCACAGCAGCCAUACAUCUUUUAUGUACAAGUUACUAUCAACGGCUUGAUCACUUCAGCAUUAGUCACACAAUCGAAAGCUUUUUAUGGUAUUCUCUUCGAAGGUGAUGAAGAAACGGCAUUUUCGAGUUGCAACUUAUAUACCUCAAUUGGAUGGGCCGUGCCUUUCAUCUAUAAUGACCUGUUUUGCACUUCUGUGAAAAUAAUAAUAGUGCUUGCAUUUUCUUGUGCCGGGUUUCUGGGAUAUUUACUUGCUGAAAAGAGUUACAAUUCGAGAAAGAAGGAAAUAAGUGAAUCUAUAUGAAAACAUAUAGCACAAAUAUUUCAUCAACAUGUUAUUCAUAUUCAGUCUUUAUGUUUAAAACUAAUAAUCUGUAUUGAUAAUUAUUAGCGUUUAUUUUAAAUAAAGUAAAGAUAUUGGGGCCUUCUGUUUCGAAGA